AUGGCUUUUGGUGAUCCAGAGAAAGGAGACGACAGCAGAGACCUGGAAGACAGCAAAAAAGGGCUUGCCGGCAUCUCCAUCGAACCAGGAGCCUCGUCGCCCACCGAGCUGUAUAACAACACACCCGUCAAACAAGACAAUGGCUUGCUCUCCAAGCUUCGUCGGUUCGAGGCCCGCAUGGAUGCUAAGUUCGGGAUCGAGUCGGAGGCGAUCAAUCGCAAACGAGCCGAAGACAAGCGUCCGGUGCGCUGGCAUGAAGAGUUGACCAUGGCACUACUGUGGGCGUCUGGGACGAUGAACACAUCGUGCUUCGCGACGGGCUUUUUGGGGUGGGAAUUCGGCCUGAGCCUGAAACAGUCGAUUCUCAUCACCAUCUUCGCCUCGAUCCUGGGCGGUGCAGUGACCGGCUACUGUGCGACGUUUGGCGCGGCGAUGGGGUUGCGCCAGAUCUCGGUGUCGCGCUUCAGUUUCGGCUGGUGGCCCAACAAGAUCAUCGCGGUGCUCAAUGCCGUGCAACAGAUCGGCUGGGCCGCGGUGUCGUGCAUCACGGGCGGGUUGGCGCUGACGGCGGUUGCGGAUGGGCAUGUCUCGCUGGUCGUGGGAAUCAUCAUCAUUGCGGUCGUGGCGUUGGCUAUCAGCUUCGUCGGGCUCCCUGCCAUCUUGGUAUAUGAGCGCUACGCCUGGCUCAUCUACUUUGUCAUCUUCAUGAUCAUCUUCGGCGAGACGGGCAAGUACGCCGACAACCACACCCCGGCCUCUGUGACAGGCGCGACCUUGGCCGGCUGGGUGCUGUCCCUCCUGGCCAUCGUCUACGGCAGCUCCGCCUCCUGGUGCACCAUGGCCUCGGACUACUACGUGCACUACCCGGCGAACGUGUCGCGGGUCAAGGUGUUUCUGAUGACCACCUUCGGCAUUGCCAUCCCCACCAGCAUCGGCAUGAUUGCGGGCUGCGUCGUGGCCAGCGCCCUCAACGUCCGCCCAGACUGGAACCAGGCCUACAGCGACGAAGGUCUGGGUUUCUUGAUCCAGGACAUGCUGCACCCGCGCGGCUUCGCCAAACUGCUGCUGACCCUGCUGGUGCUCAGCGGCAUCAACACCAACAUCAUCAGCAUCUACUCCGCCGCCAUCUCCUGCCAGCAGUUCAGCCGCCCCUGCGCCCGCAUCCCGCGCUUCAUCUGGACUUUUCUGUGUUUCGCUGCCAUCCUCGGCCUCGCCGUCGGGGGCCGCGAAAAGCUCAACACCUACCUCCAGGACUUCCUAUCCCUGCUCGGGUACUGGUGCACCUCCUACUUUGUCAUCCUUCUCAUGGAGCACGUCUGUUUCCGCCACCGAGACUUUGCCAACUACGACCUGGACGGCUGGAACGACCCCAGCCGCCUGCCGCUGGGCCUGGCCGCUCUCACCGCCUUCGGUCUAGGUGUCGUGGCUUGGUGCAUGGGGAUGGUCGAGACCUGGUACGUCGGCCCGUUGGGCAAGUUGAUUGGGGAAGCUGGGGGUGAUGUCGCCAACGAGUUUGCACUGGUCGUCACCGCUGUGACUUAUUAUCCUGCUCGCCGUUUGGAGUUGAAGAUCUUCGGGAGGUAG